AUGACGGUGGAAGAUUCCUCGCUGAAGCCCUAUCAGAAUGUUCAGUUCAAGACACUGGAUGGGAUCUAUCUCCGUGGAAGACUGUAUCCAGCAGCACAGAGGGGACCGGCAGUUAUCCUAAGCCCAGGUUACAAUGUCGUCCUCGACAAUUUCCCGCCAGGAGUCCCAGAAGAGCUGCAACGGACAGGCAUCACAGCGCUCGUCUACGAUCCGCGCAACACAGGCAGAAGUGGCGGGUUUCCGCGCAAUGACAUCGACCCUUUCAAACAGGUCGAAGACUACUCUGAUGCGUUCUGCUACUUGAGCACCCUCGACAUCGUCAACCCCAAAGCCAUUGUCUUCUGGGGCAUCUCUCUCUCCGCGGGCAUUGCCCUCAGCGCCGCCAGCGUGGACAAACGCGUUGCGGCGGUCAUCGCUAUAGCGCCCAUCUUCAAGUUUCUCCCGGUAACAGAGACAGACGCGCGCCGGCUCAAGACUAAAAUGUUGAAAGACCGCGAGGCGCAGGUGCUACGGGGCAGCGAGGGCUACAUCCUCCCGAUCGCCGAGUCCCUCGCCGAGAUCCCUUUCAAUUCGCACGUCAACGCAAACCUGGGAGACGAGACGGACGGCGAGGACAAGGAGCGGCGACGACGCACAGAAGCAGAGCAGGUGCGUGAGCAGCACGAGCGCUGGAGGGAAGACGCCGCGGCGGCGGAUCAGGACUUCGACGAGACAUUGACGCAUAAUCCUUACGGGACGACACUACAAUCGUACCAUCGGAUGUUCCUGUUCGAGGCUGUCCCUGAGGCCAUGGUUAAGGAGAUCUGGCCGACUCCGGUGAUGUUCCUGACGCCCGAACAAGACCAGAUUUCACCUCCACAAAAGCAGACCGAGGUCUUCGAGUCGCUGCGAGCGCCGAAGCGCCAGGUAUUUGCCCCGAGCAAGGAGCAUGUCUACGUACUGCAUGGGCCAGAGAUGCCGAUGUUGAUGAAAUGGCAGAUCGAUUUUAUCUGGCAGGUAGCUAGAGGACUAUUGAAGCCUGCAGCGUAG